GUGCCUGGGCUCUGACUCGGAUGCUCUCCCCGCAGGAGGCCGUGGGCCGGACCAGUGGCGAGCCGGGCCGGAUGGGCGGCACGGCAGGGCCAGAGCCCGGGGACCCCCGAGGCGGCUGAGCUGGCCCAUGGCGGCGGGCGCGAGCGCCUUCGCGUGGGCCACCUUCCCCGCCAUGCCCACGCGGCGCGUGUACUGCAGCGCCGCGCACCGCGACGGGCAGCUCUUCGUGCUGGGCGGCUGCGGGGGCGGCGGGCGAGCCCUGGGAACUGCUGAGGUGCUCGACCUCCAAGCCCAGCGCUGGACCACGCUCCCACCACUGCCCACGCCGCGGGCUGGCGCUGCCGUCCUCGCCCUGGGCAAGCAGAUCUUGGUGGUGGGAGGUGUGGAUGCGGCACAGAGCCCCCUCGCCUCCGUUGAGGUCUACCACGUGGAUGAGGGCAAAUGGGAGAAGAAGGCGGCAUUGGCUCAGCCCUCCAUGGGCAUCUCAGCUGUGCAGAGAGAUGGGGCUGUCUACGCACUGGGGGGAAUGGGUGCAGACACCUCUCCCCAGGCUCUGGUCCGUGUCUAUGAGCCGGCAAAGGACCACUGGCAGCCCCUACCCUCCAUGCCCACACCGUGUUAUGGGGCCUCUGCCUUCCUGCAGGGAAACAAGAUCUUCGUCCUUGGAGGUCGGCAAGGCAAGCUGCCUGUCACCGCCUUCGAGGCUUUUGACCUGGAGACAAGGAGCUGGACACGCUACCCCAGCGUGCCCAGCCGCCGCGCCUUCGCUGCCUGUGCCAUGGCUGAUGGAGUUGUCUUCAGCCUGGGGGGGCUGCAGCAGCCAGGGCCCCACAACUUCUACUCCCGUCCCCAUUUUGUCAACACCGUGGAGAUGUUUGAUCCUGCGCAGGGUGUGUGGAGAAAGCCAAAUCGCACCAUCCGUAUGAAAGAGAAGAGAGCUGACUUCGUGGCUGGAUGCCUGGGAGGAAGAGUGGUGGCUGUGGGUGGCCUCGGGAACCAGUCCUGCCCACUGGACUCAGUGGAAGGGUUCAGCCUCUCACAGAAAAAGUGGGAGCCGCUGCCCCCCAUGCCCACUGGCCGCUGCUCCUGCUCCAGCUGCCCAGCACCCAGCCUGCUCUUCAUCAUCGGCGGUGUGGCCCAGGGUCCCAGUGGAGCUGUUGAGGCUCUGUGCCUGCGUGAUGUGCCCUGAGUGGGACCCCGGGGACCAGCCCUGGCCAAGCACCAAGUGCCUGAAGACGGGGACAGGGUGUGUGAGCACCCAUGUGUUCACCCAGGGUGACCUGGCUCCAGGAAGCCUCU